AUGGUGAAUGAAAAAAUGAAAGUACCGAGAAAACUUCGCUGUCAUUGUAAAUUAUGUCAGAUAGAUAAGACAUUUUAUUGUUUGACAACAAAUCAAUGCUAUUUUCGGCAGUCAUUGAAGCCAUAUGAAAUUAAAGAUGAUUAUGGUUGUAUUGGCGAAUCUGCGUUCUUCUUGUGUAAUGAUAAAUCGAACAAUGAGUACAAAACUAUUUGUUGUAAAACGAAUUUUUGUAAUACACCCGAUUUAUUUCAUCAAAAUGUUAGUACUAUGACUACUACUAUUGGUAGAAGAAAUAUAACAACAAAAAUAACGGCGGCGGCAACAAUACUUUACCCAUCGACACAAUCAGUUUCAUUGCAUGAAAUGGAAUCCAAAUUAAUUAUUGUGGCUGCUGUACUAGGCAGUAUAGUGUGUGCACUUCUCAUUUGGAUCUUAAAUGAAAAAAUUCAAACAUGCUUUCGAACAUUAUUUGCUUCUUCAUCAUCAAAUUCAUCAAGAAAGAAACCAUUGUUAUCAUUGUGCAGUGAUGGAAAGGAAUCAAAUAGUGAUAAACAACAAAAUGUGCAAUAUCUCUCGCCACAGGGCUCUGAAGAAUACGACACAACGUCAUGGUAUACAUCAUCCUGUGGAAAAACAAGGUUUUUGAAUGUUCGUCGAAUGAGCAAAGAAGUUACACUAUUAUAUCCACUAGCAAAGGGACGUCAUGCAUGUGUAUGGUUGGGUGAUAUAUCAAAUCAAAAUCGUGCAUUGAAAAUGUUUACAACUCGAUAUGAAUCAGAAUAUAACAGAGAGCGAGCUAUUUAUGAAAAUGUUCUUACAUGUCAUCCAAAUAUCUUGUCAUUUUUUGGUGCUGAUUUGUAUAGUAAUGGGAUAAAUACAUUUUAUAUGAUUAUAACGGAGUAUCAUGAACUUGGUUCAUUGCAAAAUGUGUUAUCAAAAUCAAAAUCCAUAACAAUCGAUACACUAAUGAAAUAUUCAACAUCAGCUGCUAAUGGAUUACAACAUUUACAUUCGACUAAAUAUGCAACAAAUGAUCGUUGUAAACCGCGUAUGGCUCAUUGUGAUAUUAAAAGUUCAAAUAUUCUAGUAAAAUCAAAUGGUGAAUGUUGUUUAUCCGAUUUUAGUUGGUCUAUUCAAUGUGAUCCAAAUACUCAAAAAAUAAUUGAUCCAAGUAUAAAAACGCGUGGUCAAGUUGGUACUGUAAUUUAUAUGGCACCCGAAUUAUUAAAUAAUACUUUUCGUUAUGAACAAAUAACAUCUUAUCAACAAGCUGAUAUUUAUUCAUUUGCACUCGUUUUAUGGGAAAUGUUCAAUUGUACAUCAACGACAAUGACAGAUUCAUCAAUUGAAUAUUCUUUGCCAUAUGUUAAUCAAUUACCGUUAAUAACAAAUCCAACAUUAAAUGACGUCCGAGAUAUUGUAUGUCAAAAAGAAAUUAGACCAGUUUUAGAUCAAAUGAAGUGUAAUCAAAAUGAAGUAUUAUUAGCUUAUUCAAAUUUAAUUCGUGAAUGUUGGUCCAAAUGUCCAGAUGAACGACGAUCAGCAUCAAGUUUACAACGAAAAUUGUAUCAAAUACAACAAAAUACAAUUUCAUCAUCAUCUUCAAUAUAG